UCUGAUAUUGUCUGAAAUAAUCUAAGAAUUUAAUAUACUUGGUAAUUGUUUUUGAUAUUAGUAUUCAAGUAGUAAUAUGUAUUUAUCCCAUGUUUUUAUACACAGCCUUUACCAGCUGAUUGUCGACUACACAGAUGGAAAUAUACCAACUACUCCCCCUCAAAAUACCGACCUAGGACAGAGUUCUGCUAAGAAGAGAUUACCUUCUUCGCAUACUGGGGCAGAAAACAUCAAAGAAAAGUUGCAAUUGUCCGGCAAGGACGACAAAGAAGAAACGGUUGUUGAGUUGGGAACCACCAAUGGCAGCCGCAUGGAUCUACUGAAGAAUGUUGAGCAGAAGAGUAAGAAGAUUCGAUCGGAUUUAGUGGUUGAGGUUUCACCGAGUAAUGAAGAUAUCUCUGUCAUCAGCGUUUCACCCAAACGUGACAUUGAUGAUUCAAGGCCUCCAUCAGAUGAUGACUUAGCUCUUCCUCCCAAGAGUACCUCCGAGAUUCAACUACGGAGCCAUGUUGGUCAUUUAUCUGGAGCUGCAGGUCUAAGAGAAAAAAAUACAUUAAAUGGACAAAUAGAAAAUUCUACUGAAAAGUAUCCUCACCUGAAGCCUGCAGUUGGAGUGAAAGAUUCUGUUCCUAAAAAAACAGGAGCAAUGAAGAAUUUUCAAAGAUUCAAAUCAGGUAAAUUUUGCAAUACAAAUUUAACUCUGAAAUGAAGUACAGUGUUCUUCUUCCUAACUCCUUUUACUUUUUCAAAUUUAAUUGAAAGAUGACAUA